CGGAAGGGGCGGUGCCUGGGAACAGGAAGUUACAUCACUGGAAGGCGGUCUAUCGGCCUAACGGCGCGGAGGGUUGUGGGAAUGGGUAUCGUGUUCACCUUGAGGAGAGUUCGAGAAGCGGCGGUGGGACAGGAGCAAAUACUCAACGCCUUAGCUUAUUUGAAACGAUGGGGGCAUCCACGUCAAUGCUACCGAACAAUGUGCAAGCAGAUUCUGUUGCUGUUACAGCACAGGCAUCACCACCACCAGAAUGCCCAAUGCAUCAAGCCAAGAAGGAAGGUUGUCCAAUGCAUCAGGCAACAGCUGCCUCAAUAGAGAAUGCAUCUUAUCCUGUGCCUGCACAUCAGGAGAGGGCAUACGAAUAUGUGGAGUGUCCUAUGAAAGGAGGUAACAGACCACAAACAGAAGAUGAUAUUGAUCCCAGUAAUAUGAUGCCACCACCUAACCAGACGCCUUCACCAGAUCAGCCAUACCCACUUUCUCUCGUCAGAGAGGAGUCUUCUAUUCCAAGGACUCACUCAGACAAGCAUUGGGUAUACCCUUCAGAACAGAUGUUUUGGAAUGCAAUGAUCAGAAAAGGGUGGCGUUGGCGGAAUGAAGACAUUUCAGUUGAAGAUAUGUCGAACAUUGUUAAGAUCCAUAAUCAGAACAAUGAACAAGCCUGGAAAGAAAUACUGAAGUGGGAAGCACUUCAUGCCAAAGAAUGCCCCUGUGGGCCUUCAUUACUCCGCUUUGGGGGAAAAGCUAAGGAAUAUUCACCAAGAGCUCGGAUUCGUUCUUUAAUGGGGUAUGAACUACCUUUUGAUCGACAUGACUGGAUUGUAAACCGCUGUGGAAAGGAAGUACGAUAUGUGAUUGAUUAUUAUGAUGGAGGCGAAGUUGACAAAUCAACAUUUCAGUUCAGUGCUCUGGAUGUGCGUCCUGCUCUUGAUUCCUUUUCUGCAGUGUGGGAUAGAAUGAAAGUGGCAUGGUGGCGUUGGACUUCAUAACGUUUAUUUAAACUGUAGCAUUUACUACAAAUGAACCCAUGGAUGUCAUAAUCUUUAAAUGUUUUAAAAUUAAAUUGAAUUAUCUGCACAUUAGAACUGAGCAAGCUGCACUUUGUACCUGCCAUUGUCCAGAUAUCACAUGCUUAAAAGCUUCUGACAGCUUAAAAGCUUCUGACAACUUAAACCAACUCUCAUCAUUUCUGUGCAUAUGGUUUGUUAUGGAACAAGACUUGGCAUAUGAUCGGUAUUAUAUACAUUCUGUUGUAUUCUUUUAUAUUUAGCUGUUGUAUUUGCUGAUUGGGAAUAAUUAAUCAAUUAAUUUAUCUUGAGCAUUUCCUUCAGGGAAUUACUUUUGUUAGUCCUAAUACCUCUAUAUUCCAAUGUAUUAAUUUGAAAAAGUGUUAAAUUUGAAUAUAUGUUGACCAGCUUGAUGGAAUCCUGGGGUGAUUGCAACCAUUAGACUUUUCUUGUGCUUUCAGUUGAGUAAUACUUAAACUAUGAUGCAAUAUCGUGAGUCCAGUGUGCUUGCUCUUUAAGGCUGAGAAGCAGCAUGUCAGAAUGAAGGUGGGGGAUGGACUAAUUAUAUUAAUUUUCCUGAUGUACUAUAGAACUGAAUGAUUGCUGAAAAAUAAAGAUACAACACCAAA